AUGGGGUUUGUAGAAGGGAAGAUCGUGGAGGAGAAGGUUUUCAAAGGAAAGGUCUUCCCAAAGACGCUUCUUCCCUGUAACAGGUGCGAUCUAAUAGAGAUGGUGCGAGGUGAGCGUGAGCAGCUCACAGAUCUACUGCUACGGCACGGAGCAAUCCUCUUCAGGGGCUUUGGGGUAUCCUCCGCCGAAGAAUUCUCACGUGUGGUUGAAGCGUUCGAGUGGGAUGAUAUGCCUUACAUGGGCGCCGCCAUCCGUGCGAAGGUGGUCAACAGGAUCUUCACCGCCAAUGAUAGUCCACUGGAUCAGCUCAUCUACUUUCAUCACGAGAUGUCCCUGUUUAAAGAGUUCCCUUCGAAAAUCUUUUUCUUUUGUUUGGAACCAUCACCGGAAGGCAGCCAGACGUCAAUAUUGCCAAGCUACAUUGUAGUGGAGAAGAUGGAGGAGCUUAUGGCGGAAUUCGUAGCGAAAUUAGCCCAGGUCGGGUUGACUUUCCGGCUUAGGACUGUAAAUGAUGCGGAUUCUGGCGACAUUGUCAAAGGCAAGACAUGGAAAGAGCUGCUAAAAACCAACGACAAAGUGGAAGCUGAAAAGAGGGCACUAGAGAGUAUAGCAUGCGACGCAAUGGAAUUCCACUCUGAUGGAAGUGCCGAUUUCAUUUUCGGGCCAUUGGACCCGAUAAAGGAGUUGGGAGGAAAGAGGGUUUGGUUCAAGCCAAUGUUGGGCUACACCGGCAAUGAGAAAGACGUCCAUAUCAGCUUCGGCGACGGAAGCCCAUUCCCUCCAAAGGCCACUGAAGCCUACAAGAAAAUCUCAGUCGAGAACAGCGUGGAUCUGAGCUGGCAAAAGGGCGAUGUCUUAUUGGUCGAUAAUCUUAUGAACCAGCAUGCGAGGCAGCCCGGGAAGCAGCCACGUACCAUAUUGGUGUCCUUAUGCAAAUGAAUUGAAAUGCGUGUAUGCCUAUGUAUUUCACCAAGUUUAUAAGAAUUUUAUGCUCUUUCGAGAAAAGGUGUUGGACG